GGAUCUCCGCAAAGAUCAGCUGGCCAGCGUCUAUAAUGCUUGAAAGGAACUGGCUUUCAUCACAAGCAUUGCAGAGUUUCUGAAGGAGGCAACAAAGCAUCGCUCCUCGCUUGCCUGCACUCUGAUGGAGGGGGCGAAGCACAUUCUGGCAGCUGUCCAGGCUAUUGCCGACGUCAAGUUCCGAAAGCUGCGAGUUCGCAAACAACUCCCACAGCGUGCCCUUGCUCUAUACAGUGUCAUCAGGAAGAUCGAGCGGAAGGUGGACUCGGAAGACGUGGAAGGUUACCUUGAGGUUGUGAAGGGUCAUGCUCACGACAAGCGCGCGGAGAGGAGGCAGUUCCGUAAGCACCAAGAAAAGAUAAGAACGAGGGGAGAUGAGGGGCGUAAGCAGAAGUCCUACGAUGGAAGUGUUUGCCCCCGUCUGACUGUUCGUUAUCUGAUUCGGAGGUCACAAGCGGCAGCGUACUUUUGUUGUCGAACUCGUCUGAUUCUGAUUCCCUCCUACUUUCCUCCUCUGACGGUUGUUGUUCUGAUCGGAAGAGGCGGAGCCGUCAUCGUCGUCACCGCAUUGCCAGGCAUUGUGAUUGCCGCUUGGAGCGCGAGCGCUGGGCGUCCUCCUCCGACUCUGACUCUGACUGUGUCAGCUAUGCGAGCAGGGACUCUGAUUGGUUGUCUGGUGGCGAAUCAUCCAGCUGUUGGUCGGCAUUGAGCUCCGACGAGGGGUGUGUGCCUGUGCCUGGCGAGGAGAAAGGCAGGCACAUAGUGGAGGCCAAGGUCGUGCACAUUGACGCUGUCAUGCGGCAGGUUCUGAUACACCUGUUCUCCGACGUGUGUAAGAGCGAUGCCAACGCUCUGACCUGGAGGAAAGACCUCAAUUGGCAGGUGCGCAUGCAGACCUGGUUUAAGAUCGGCUGGGAUGUGGUCCACAAGAUCGAUCCAGCCAUCAAAGAGGGGGAGCUGAAGAGUCUUCUCAGGAGCUGGGGUCUGAAGGACAAUCUGUCCGAAGCGCAGGCCGUUGAGGUUCGCACCUUGAAGC